AUGGAGUCCACCAUCAAGUUUGACAUCCCUGCCUCCGCGCGCUCGUUUCAUCUCUUCUCCAAGCUGCCCCCCGAAAUCCGCCACCAGAUUUGGGAGGACGCUAUCCUCGAACCCGGCAUGCAUUUCCUCCGCCUCAAGACCGCAGCUCGUGCUACACACCUGCCGUCACCGCUUAUCACCUCUCCCGAUGACGACGACGAUGAUGAUGACGCAUCACAACCCAACCCGAUGCUCGACUUUGAUAGCGAACCACUUCCCUCGAAGCUCUGGCCCGCAACUUUGGAGCCCCGUUACCCAACGCCCCAGGCCAACCUGUCAAACUACAUCACCCUCAACCGCACCCUGGCCAGACUGUCAGCCACCUGCUUUGAAGCAGCAGCCGUUGUCCAACGGCUAGUCAACCAGCCAGGGGGCAUCAAGUUGAGUGGCGGCCGCAUUGUGUCUCUUGCCUCCUCUAACGAUGUCGUGUGCUUGGAAUACUUGUCGGCCGACAACUUCCGUAGCUGGUGUCGCAUGUCCUUGGACAUUAAAUGCCCCGAGUUGGCCAACGUCCGGCAUGUGGCUGUACCCUACUGCCAUGGCUGGGAGGCCGCGAAUACCCCGUUCCGUUGCAGCCACUGUGGUAGCCAACAUGGCGCUGGCAUCAACAAGGUCUACCCCGUUCAUUUGUACGAGUUUCUGGCGCGCCACCUUCCGAACCUGCAGACUUUUUACUUCAUCGAUUAUCUUAUCGUAAAAAGGUUCUCCCGGCCCAUUGCGAAAGCGCAAGAUUCUCGAGACAGCAGCCCCCCGCCGCCCGAGGUCCUGGGUAAGACCGAUAGUACCGUGUCCGAAAAGUUCGACAGGCACAAGCAAGAAUACGCUAUCUACGACAGCCCAUCCCCGAGCAAGACUGCCAACCUGUUCGCGACUACUCGGGAUGAGAGUACUACCGCAUUCAGCGAUGCAGCCCCAUCCAGUACAGACAGACAGAGACGAGUCCCCAGAAAGAUGUUCAAGAGCGACGGCAGGAUCUUUUGCGAACUAGAUGGUGACGAAUGGAAUGUCAAGUCUAGGGUAGUUGACACACUGUCUUGGAUUCAAAAGAGGUUUAUUCUGUACGCUACUCGCAGCAAGCUCAGCAGGCACCCACAUCCCGAGAAGGUCAAGUUCAAAGUCAUGGUAUGCGAAUGGGUUGACAAGCAGUCGGAAGCUCCACCAAAGCUGAAAAGAGGCGCUCUUGCAUCCGGCAAACCCUUGAAGAAGAGGCUGCGGCCCUCGUCGGAAAGAUCUCAAGAAGGAUCAACGCCCAAGUCGUUCGCGACACAGUCAUUGUCUAUGCCGGUGACUAUAGGGUUACAAGACAACUUUGGGUUUAUUUUCGGACAAGAGAACAAUAGCACCUUCAAAUUCAGCGCAGGCUCGUUGCAACCUCGACGUUGA